AUGCCUAUGAAAUGGAUUUCAGUUUUUCUACUGAUACAACUGAGCUGUUAUUUUAGCCCUGGAGCUUGUGGAAAAGUGCUCGUGUGGCCAACAGAAUAUAGUCACUGGAUCAAUAUAAAGACAGUUCUGGAUGAACUUACUCAGAAGGGUCAUGAAGUGACUGUCCUGACAUCUUCAGCUGCCAUUUUCGUAAAUCCCAGCAAAUCAUCUACUAUUAAAUUUGAGGUUUUUCCUACAUCUUUUACUAAAGAAAAUGUGGACACUUUAAUAAAAGAAUUGAUUAAUGUAUGGAUGCAAAUGCCAAAAUAUACAUUGUGGACACAGGCUAAAUUAAUGCAAGAAGUCUUUUCAGAUUAUUCUGACUAUAUUGAAAAGCUCUGUAAAGAAGUAGUUUUCAACAAGAAAAUUAUGAUAAAGCUACAAGAAUCAAAGUUUGAUGUUGUUCUUGCAGAUGCUAUUGGUCUUUGUGGUGAAUUACUGGCUCAGAUACUUAAAAUACCUUUGGUGUAUAGUAUCCGGUUCACUUCUGGCUAUACAAUUGAAAAGUAUAGUGGAGGACUUGUAGCCCCUCCAUCCUAUGUACCUGUUAUUUAUUCUGAAUUAUCUGAUAGAAUGACAUUUAUGGAGAGAAUAAAAAAUAUGAUAUAUGUACUUUAUCUGGAUUUUUGGUUCCAAAGUUUUAAUGAGAAGAAAUGGAAUCAGUUUUACAGUGAAGUACUUGGAAGACAAACUACACUAAUCGAGACAAUGGGGAAAGCUGACAUAUGGCUUGUUAGAACCUCCUGGGAUUUUGAAUUUCCUCGCCCACUCUUGCCACAUUUUGUCUUUGUUGGAGGACUCCACUGCAAACCUGCUAAACCUUUGCCUAAGGAGAUCGAAGAGUUUGUCCAGAGCUCUGGAAAUCAUGGUAUUGUGGUGUUUACUCUCGGGUCGAUGAUCACUAAUAUGUCAGAAGACAAGGCCAAUAUGAUUGCAUCAGCCCUUGCUCAGAUUCCACAAAAGGUACUGUGGCGGUUUAAUGGUAAAACUCCAGACACAUUGGGACAUAAUACCCAACUCUAUAAAUGGCUCCCCCAGAAUGACCUUCUUGGUCACCCAAAAACCAAAGCUUUUAUAACUCAUGGUGGAACCAAUGGCAUUUACGAGGCAAUCUACCAUGGAAUCCCUAUGAUUGGCAUUCCAUUGUUUGCAGACCAGGCUGAUAACAUUCUCCGCGUAAAAGCCAAAGGGGCAGCAGUGAGUCUGAAAAUAGAUACAAUGACAAGCAAAGAUUUGCUCCAAGCUUUGCAGACUGUCAUCAAUAACCCACUCUAUAAGGAGAAUGCUAUGAAGUUAUCAGCCAUUCAUCAUGAUCAGCCUGUUAAGCCCUUGGACCAAGCAGUUUUCUGGAUCGAGUUUGUCAUGCGCCACAAAGGAGCCAAGCACCUUCGACCAGCUUCCCUCAACCUCACCUGGGCCCAGUACCACUCCUUGGAUGUGAUUGGGUUUCUACUGGCUUGUGUGGCAAUUGUUACUUUUAUUGUCUUAAAAAGUUGCUUGUUUUGUUACCAAGUGAUUUUUAAGAAAGGAAAGAAGAAAAAGAGAGAGUAG